CCGACAGAUGGCACAUCGAGCUUGCAAUAGCGCGAACAUUUGAAAUUCUAGAGUUUGAAUCGUAUCUCAUAUGACUUUGCGCGACGAUACUACUUCGUGCGAGUUGCUAUUUUUAUUCGUACUAGUCGCUCGUCAAUGCUGCCAAAUUAAUGAUUAUAUAUUAUCAUAUCAACUAUCAAUUUGUAUGAUAGUUUUUAUCUCGGAUCGUAAAUUUAACGCAAUCGAUGUUUAAAAAAGGUCCGAUCGAAUCGAUCGAAAACAAUUCGUUUUGGGUAAACUUUUUAAGUUCUUCGAUGUAACUUUCUUUUAGUUUCUUAUUCGACUUGAUUUCGUUAUUUAGUACGGUUGGUAGAAGUUGAAAGACUUUGGAAUAACUUGCAAGACCAUUAUACUUACGUAACAUCAUCGUUAAAGAUCGAGAACGAUUUCGUUCUAUCGAAAAUAUUUUUGACGAAAGUGAUCAAAUUUUUUUAAAGGAUCAUGGAAACACCUAUAGUGCGUGCACGCGUUGUAAAAGUGCUUGGCAGAACGGGCUCCCAAGGUCAAUGUACCCAAGUCAAAGUGGAAUUCUUGAAUGAACAGAACAGACAAAUAAUCAGAAAUGUCAAAGGACCCGUUCGCGAAGGAGAUAUCUUAACUCUUUUGGAAUCUGAACGAGAAGCCAGAAGAUUACGUUAAUCUUCCUUUCGAUUUUUGCCAUUGUGAUCACUACACAAUUUUACGUAUAUACAUAUAUACAUAUACAUACAUACAUACAUACAUACAUACAUACAUAUAUAUAUAUAUAAACGAGAACACGAUACUAACAAUUUCGUCGAAAUCUUUUCUAUAAGAUUUGUUUUAUAUAAAAUAAAAAAAAGAAGUUGAAGAUUCGUUUA